CUUGCUGGGUCCUACUACCAGUUUGUUGGCGUUUGACACGUAAGCAUCGACUAGCUGUUGAAAGUUUGGAAGAGUAGGUGAAGAUUUUGCGGCAGCUUGAAAAACCCAUUUGAGAAGGAAAUCUACCGAUUGGGUGAAGAGAAAACAAAUGAAUGAUGACAACAGGGGAUGCGAUGGCGCCAUCAACAACUAUACCGUUCGACAAUCUUCCUAUUCUUUCUGCAUUGCUAGCUGGUUUUCUGGCUCAAUUCCUCAAAAUCUUCACUACCUGGUAUAAGGAGAAGAGAUGGACAUCUAAAAAGCUGUUUGAUUCUGGCGGAAUGCCUUCAUCACAUUCGGCAGCUGUGACAGCCCUUGCUACUGCUAUUGGGUUUCAAGAUGGGAUCGGAGGAUCUUUAUUUCCCCUUGCUGUGGUUUUUGCUGCUGUUGUUAUGUGCGACGCCUCUGGAGUUAGACUACAUGCAGGUAUGCAAGCUGAAUUGCUAAACCAAAUAGUAUGUGAGCUACCACCACAGCACCAGUUAUCCAACAUCAGCCCUCUACGUGACUCGCUUGGUCAUACUCCUUGUCAGGUGAUUGCAGGUGCCAUCUUGGGAUGUAUAGUGUCCUAUAUCAUGAGAAGGUCUGCUUAGAUAUUAUUUUCGUUUGAUCUCCUCUUAAACCUCUCCUUAUGAGUUACAAGCUGUCAAAUGUCUGCCUUCGAGACGUAAGGUCCAAUUCUGGAUUGCCUUGUGCAAGGUAAGCCUUUGUACACUGGUUUGUCUUAUUUUGUACUUGGGAAAGAAUGAAUACAACAUCUUGCAACUUCCAUUGGAAGGCAAAUGAUGUAAACAACUACACUAUUUUCAUCCUUCCAACGGUCCUACAUCUUAUCUAUAUUUUGUGUGUUUCAAGGAGA